UUACCUGAGUGGGGUACCUCGUGGGAUGAGGAUGCUGCACAUGCCAGAGUCUUAUGCAGGAAAAGGUGGACACAUGAUGAAUCACUUAAUUAUUCUGGCAGUACUGCUCCCCCUGGGGACAUGCUACACUUCAUACUCACAGCAAGAAUCUGAUGUGUUUCCAGUAACAUACCUUAAUGUUUCCAAGGAUUUGGAUCUUCAGCAGCUGCUGGUGGAAUGGGAUGUUGUCAAGUCUGCACAUGAUGCUGAGCUGGCAAUGUCUUUUGAGAUACAAGUCCGUCGAACUGAUGAAGCUACUACUGUGUGGACAGAGUUUCAUAAUGUCACACUUGAUAAAUUGGGAAAGCCUCUUCAUUGGACAUGGGAUUCAGACGUACCUUUGGAGUGUAUGUCACAUGCUGUGAGAAUCAGGAGCAAGGCAGAAGCAUCUAAAAUCUGGAGUAACUGGAGUUUGUGGGAGAUUGUCCCCGGCCUGGACAAUUCAAAUAGAAGUGAACCACAAAUCUUUCCAAAAGAAAAGUUUUUAGCAGAAGGCUCUGAUAUCACUCUUUGCUGCAUAGGAGGGAAAGGUCAAACCAUUAAGAAAUUCUCUGUAUACCCAACUGUUGAUGUUUUCAAGCGCACAAGCAGCCAAGUCAGUCUUCUCACCGUAGAAAAUCUGUCACAUGACAAAGGGUCUAACAUUCAUUUCUACUGUUAUGAUGAAGAUGGGCGAUUACAUCAGGCAGCUUUCUUUGUGGGUAAACCACCUGAUACACCUAAAGACUUUUCCUGCCAUACUCAAGACAUGAAAAGAGUAACAUGUACUUGGAGAGAAGGAGAGACUUAUCUCUAUGGACGGAAUUCACCACAAUACAUCUUGUCUAAAACGUCAUCACCGAAAAUGGCUCUGUGCAAAGCAAGUUGUUCCAAGCAAUGCUCAUGCUCUUGGGAUAUAGGCCAGCAGUGGAUCUGGAAUGUCACAGUCACUGUGGAAAACCCACUGGGAAAGAAAACUGCCACAGAUGUCUUUGAUGUAAAUCACAGAAUGUAUCCCACUGCACCUUUCCAGGUUUGGGAAGAUUGCACAGAUACAGAAAUUACAUUACAUUGGAAUUAUGAAAACAAUGAAAUUGAACUCUUUUGCCAGACUGAAGUGCUCCAACCUGAUGGCAAAGUAGAACUGCACAACAGCUCUGUGGUGGACUCAAAGUGCGUCAGGGUGCGUGGGCUGCAGCCCUACACAGAGUACACAGCCAGGGUGCGCUGCGGGGCGGCCAAGAACUUCUGGAGGUGGAGUGAGUGGAGCCAAGCCCUGACUGCCAGGACUAAGGAAGGGACUCCAUCAGGAAAACUGGACAUAUGGAGAGAAAUUACACCAGUUUUGGGGGGACGAAAUGUGACCUUGUUCUGGAAGCAAUCACCAAGUUUUCAAGCAAAUGGAAAAAUUAUUUCAUAUGAGGUAACCUGGGAAAAAAUUGAAGAUGGCUCCAAGCCUGAAAGCAUCUCAUUUUCUUCAGUCUACAAUAGCACAAGGAUUUUCAUUGAUAAUCAUUCCUACAGAAUCAGUAUCAUGGCAAAGAACAAUGUUCAUUUUUCACUUCCUUCAGUAUUGAUCAUCUCUAGAGCUACAGAUAAAAGCACUGAAGAGCUUAAGGAAGGGCAGGUUAAUGGUACAGACAAUGGCAUUUUUAUCUCCUGGGAGCCCAGAAGUAUAUAUGACAGUUACAUUAUUGAUUGGUGUAACUUUCCCAGGCUGCAGCCUUGUGAUUUUCAGUGGAAGAGAUUUGGAUCCAACAUUUCCAGUGCUGUGAUCAGCUCAGCUGCUUUUGUUCCAGGGGUGAGAUACAAAUUCUGCAUCUAUGGAUCUGUUGCUAAUAGAGCCUCCUUACUGGAAAAGAAGAUUGGUUAUCUCAGGGAACUGCCUCCUCGUCUUGACCCUAUUGUGAGAAAAAUUGACCUGACUUACAAUUCAGUAACACUGUCUUGGGAUUCUUAUCUCACAAAUGAGUCAGAGCCCGGUUUUUUAAGAGGCUACCAUGUUUAUGUAUCACCUAUACAAGGGAACUGCAAUUUGAAAGGAUCAAAAAAGCAUAUUCUUUCAGAUGAAUCAGAGCUAUGUAAAUACACAAUUGAAAACCCUGAAGAAAAGAGAUACACUGUGAAACACCUGAUGCCAAACACAAAAUACAAAAUAGUGGUUAAAGCAUUUACAGGUGGAGGAGAGACUCCCAUUGUUUACUUUAGAUACAUAGACACACCAUAUAACUCAAACAUACUGUACUUUGUAUUCCUGGUAGUGAUAGUUCCAACCCUAGUAGCAGCUAUAUGCCACUGGAAGAUGAAGCGGGUGAAGGAGUGCUGCUGUCCUGUAAUACCUAGUCCUAACAAGAGCAAAGUGCUGUCAUUCAAAGAGUUUAAGAUAGAUUCCGAGAAAGUGCUGAAGAUAAAUGACUGCCUUCCUGAUGUGCUAGCCAUGGAUUGUGAUGCUGAAGCUCAGAAAUUGCAUCCUGUUACCUGGAGCCCAUUAUCAUCAACACCAACUGAAGAUAAGAUUAAUUGUCACAAUUCUUCCUGGAUUUACCAUAAUGAAAAUAUAGUGAGAGACUUUCCACCCACACCUACACCUCAAAAUCAUACUUGUUUUGAGAAUUUUGCUUAUUCUUCUCCACUUGAGGCUGAAUCUGAUCCCUACCAUAUACCGGAGACACUGGAAGCAGGCAAGACAAAUCAUGCAGUGAUGCUGUACCAGCCACAAUGCUACUUAGAUAUUUUUCAUGAGGAUACAGCCUCAACCACCAGAGAAAUAGCUGAGAGAAAGAACAGUCUGAGAUACAUCUCACAAACAAAUGUGCACUGCCUGGGUGAGAGGCUUUGAUGAUCUGUCCUCCAGUGGGUCCAUCCAGUGUUUGGCUACACACUAUAAAUGAGAAUUUCUAAAACCACAACUUCUUUUGAUUAGGGUUCUCACAAGCCCAGCUGCCUGACUGCCAUUAAUAUGGCAAAGCUGUUGUUCCUGGACUAAUUUAGAGUACUGAUUUACACAGGAACUAUAUCUGUUAUGGCUCUACUACAACUUAUGGGCAUUAGAUGAUGUUUAUAGGCUGUUUUGUGGCCUGUAUUAUGCAGAAAGUUACAUCACAGCAAUCUGUCACAGGCUGAUGCAGAGAACUGCUGUAUUUUGCACAGGUUAAAACCAUUCAUAAAGUAGAGGAGCAAAUGAAACAAGGGGGAAGGUUGUGCUGCUCAAGGAGUGUUUUUCUCCUGUGGUGUUCUGUGUACUCUGGCCACCCCAGCCAAUGGGUACUGUGCUGCUGGGCAUGGAACAUUGCCCAGCCCAGUCAUUUUGGGGGCUGGCUUGUAUUUUCUCUCAAAUGAUGUAAGGAAUCAUCAUAGAAACAUUACCUGUAUACAGUGUGGCUCAUUCCUAGAAGAUUUGAAGGAAUUUUGACUUCCCCAGGAGUGCUGCCCAGAGCUCCCAAAUCCAGUGAUCAUCCUGCUUUUACUUCACAUGUGUCCCAACUACUCUUGAUGUGUAAGACAGCACAGAAAACAGGUUUUUAUAGGGAAGACCCUGCUUCCAUUUCUUGUAACUGGGGCUCAUGACACUUAUAUCUUCUCUGCCUAAAGACCCUUUAAAAUCAUCUUAACUAUGCAUUGAAGAGAUGUAGGGUGUUAGGUGGAAAGGAGUUAAUUUUCCACAAGGACAGAGGUGGUACCACAUGACAUGGUCUCUCUGCUUGUGCACAUGAACCGAACUUUUGCCACUGACCCCCGUAUUUCCACAGCAAGCUCCAAACUGCCAACCAACAAACCAGCCAACCAACAAGACAGGCUGGUCAUGAUCACAGGUGUAUGAAUCACAUUUGUGAAGAACAUCAUAUUCAGGCUGCAUACAUCUAGAUCUUCCAACACUAGUUUUGAAUGCUUUGAGUGCUUUAAAAACAAAACCAAAAAAAGUAUUUAUUGUACCACUCAGAAUCCCUACAGUAGGCAGCAGUGAUCUGGCCUUUCAUUUUGAUUUCAGGAAAUGGUACGUUUGUAAUGAAGUAAUACAAUUGGAAUUGUAGCUGAAGGUCUCAUCAAAUUUACCUCAGUGCACAAGGGACCCUUUGUUUUUGCCUCCUUAUGCUGUUUAGAGUAUGUCACAAAGAGAUGGUUUCAACUUAAAGAGCACAGUGAUCCUCAAAGGUGAAACAAAUGAAGGGUGUCUGACAAUUUGAUGUACAACUAGUUUGCUAAAAUGCAAUUACUUGUCUUCCUUGUGUUUCACUAGCUACUUACACUCCCUAGAAACCAAGCAGCUGUAGACAAAGUGAGAUCUGACACUGAACCACAUCUAGUUUUUAUACUGUUGCUUACAGAUAGUGUUGUAAUGUCACAAGCUGUGUUGCAACAGGAAAACCAGUAAGACCUUGCACAACCUGUGGGCUGAGACAAGCACUGACUGCAAACAGAGGGAGAA